AUGUAUUCUACUUGUAUAAGCAAUGUGAGUUAUUUUGAUUACUCUAAGUGUGAUUUAGUUCAUAAAGUUUUCGAUGCGAUGAGAAAGAGAGAUGUUGUUGCUUGGAAUAAUGUGGUUUCGUGUGUAAGAGAUUUUAUGAAUGUUGAUGUUCUUUAUGGGAUGCUUGUUAAAAUGGGUAGUGAAUAUGUGAAUGACUUAUUUGUUGUGAGUUCAUCAAUAUUCAUGUUUGCGGAGCUUAGACGUGUUGAUUUUGCUAGGAAGGUUUUUGACCAUUGUGUGGAGGAGAAUACGGAAAUCUAG